AUGCAGAAGAAACUCGUCUUUCUUGGUCUUUACUCACUUUCCGAUAAUGAGAGCGAUCCUGAGUCGUGUGUCUCAAAGGAGUGGGGAGAGGUUGUGGAUGUGGAACAAACGAGAGAACUCCCAACAAUGCAGCAAAGUAUAAAGGAGGACAUUCAGUUGAGUGGCCCAGGGUUCCCUUCGUCCACCAACUUCCAAGCAUUUAAUCCAACGGCUAACUUUCAGAGACCGCUGCAGGCCUCGUCGAUGAUCACGGCUUCAACAAACUUUCUCAACAGAAUUCCUUCUUUAAGCAGGCUUCAUCCUCUUAAAUUACGUCCAACGCCAAAUGCCAAGAGUAGAUCACUUGGCUCCAAAGAGAUCGUGCACGACUCAGGCAACAGUCGCAAAGCACUCUUAGCGGCUCGACCAGGUAGUCGAGCCUAUGAUCCUGAAUCCAAUUCCACUUCUGCAUCAAUUCGUUCACAUGCACUCAAGAAGAACCCCAUCACUCGCCCCCCCUCCUCACCACGCGCUGGUUUAACCAAAAGAGUGUCACUCCCCGUAUCAAGAAAGGCUGUCUAA